AUGCUGUGCCCCGCUGAUGUGCACAAGACAUAAGCAACCGAGCGCCGACAUGUGUCACAACCUUCCCUAUGUGUAUAUUUUUUAUACUUUGUGAACGGGGGGAAGCAAGUCAACCUUCAAAAGUACACGACCUAGGAAAAUAAAAUAAUGUAUGCUUUUGUUCGAUUCUUUGAAGACGAUAUGUGUUGCGCGUUGCCUGUUUCCAACAUCCAAGAUUUCAGCCCUGAACACGGAUCCGAUUUCGAUCAUCAAAAGGUGUAUGUGGUUCGCAGGGCUCGAGAGAAUGGCAGCUCAGGCCAGCCUUGCGAGGCUCACAUUCUUGCCCUUGCAGAUACUGUAGAGGACUUUGAGAACUUGAUAAUGCAAAAGAAGAUGAAAAUUCCCAAGAUGUCAAUCAAGAAUUCGGGAAAUUCAAUUGAGAACAGUUAUGGGGAGGAGAGGAUGCCUCUCAGGCAUAAAAAGGCCCUAUCUCAAGACCAUGGACGCCCCAUUUCAAACUCCUCCAAAAGUUUGGCAGCAGUUGUUGCUCGUCUAGAAAGAAAUGCCGCCAACUCCUGUAUGGAAGGUGAAGAGGAUCUAGAUGAGGAGCGACUUGCUGAGGAGGGAGAUGAUGCGGAUGACGAAGAUGAAGAUAUGGAAGCAGAACAACAGGAGCACCUUAAUUUCCAUCAACAGCAGCAACAUCUUGAAGUGGACACGGACGUGGCUGCUGCAGUGGUUCCUCGCAUCCUUUACGAGGAGCUGGUCGUCAGCUAUAGGCAACAGGAGGAGGAGAUGAGGAGGCUGCAGCAGGAACUGGAAAAGACCCGUCGGCAGCUCAUGCAGCAGACCAAGAAACUCAAGGAAUAUGGCAGCCUACUGACUGAAGUCAAAGAACUCAGGGACUUCAAUCGACGGCUGCAGGAUGUGCUUCUCAUGAGGCUGGGCAGUGAGCCUAUGCAUGACAAUGGCACUCAGACAAUCAAGGCUGAGGUGGUUGAACCCAUUGUGGAGACCCAGGAAACAUUCAAAGAAGAAGCCAAUACCAGUUCCAGCUACUCACCAUCUCCUAAGACAGUCUACCCAUGCAGCGAUGGCAAGGUACACCUUGGUGGUGGGAUCUGGGUGGAGGAGGAGAAGUGGCACCAGUUGCAGCGCACCCAGGGAGACUCCAAGUUCACAAAGAACUUGGCUGUCAUGAUCUGGGGUACAGAAACCCUCAAAAACCGUAGCGUGACUGGAGUAGCUACCAAAAAGAAAAAGGACGCCCUUCCCAAACCUCCACUCUCACCCAGCAAGUUAAAAAUUGUCAGAGAGUGUCUGUACGACCGUGUGUCCCAGGAAACAGCUGACAGUGCAGAGAUAACACAAAGAUUGUCCAAAGUGAACAAAUACAUUUGUGAGAAGAUCAUGGAUAUCAACAAGUCCAUUAAGAAUGAGGAGCGGCGGGAGUCCAAGCUGCUCAUCAGACAAACAGUCAAGAUGGAAAACUUUAACUAUGACGGCAUGUAG